AUGGGACAGACUCAACCAUCGAAGCAAUCGACUCCUCUAGUUACAUCGUCUUUUAUCUUCAGAUCGUCAGAUCAUCAAGAAAUCAGAAUGAAGGCCUUCAUCCUCGCUAUCGCUGCUAUGGUCCUUGUCGCCUCCGUGGUCGCCACACCCGAGGAGUUCGACACCCUUGAGGAGAUCGUCUACGGAUCAGAGCCUAUGGUCAAGAGGGGUCGAUUCGUCUUCUGUUCCGGUCUCCAUGGAGAGAGCUGUAUCUGUGAUCGUCGCUUCAGGAAGAAGGACCAAAGGAGGUACCUCAACUGCAGAGCAAAUGGACUCGGAAACAUCGCCGACGCCAUCUAGAUAUUCACAUCACCACCGUCUAUCUUCAGGUUGAUUAUUCGUCACAAUAGAAUCAUAUGACGUCAUAUUCCUACUUAAUCGUUAUUACUGGUCAUUGUACGGAAGAUGCAUCAUCCAAUGAGAGCUACUGUUUUUAUACACAUUGCAUACCAAUUGCAAGUACAUGGCUCCGGUCGGACAGACAGACAGACAGAUUAACAUAUUUUAUUGACUAUGAAUAAAUAAUCACACAAAACUG